GGCACAGUACCAGUUAGCACGUCGCGCGACGUCGGCGUUUCCCGCCGACAUACCCAUACCGACUUUUUUCGCGUUUAUUACCAUCCUCGGUAUCACGAUUUAUUUUAUUUAUUCGUUUCCCUUUUUAUUGUAUUAUUUUUUUCUUUCGUUUACAGUUCAUUCACAAUCCACGUGUGACCGUAAAAAAUAUUUCAUACCACCGCUACGCCGUGCGAACAGACUUUUUCAUUAUUUCGAGCGUGUACGUAAUAAAUUAAUUGAAAAAAAAAAAAAAAUAAGUUUCUCUACUCAUAAAAUAUUUUCGAGUGACGUAGAUCGAAUAAUCGUACGAAAAAAAGAAUACACAAAUUACGUGACAAAAUAUAAUUGUGAUGAGAAAAGAGAAUUUUCGCAUUCCACAGCGAUGUGAAAGCCAAAAAAAAUCAUGCCAUCUUAUAAUUUAGUGCUCACACGACGAUCGGAUGAAAUUUCGAAAAAGGAUUACAAAACGAAUGUGUUGCAGGUCGAGAGAGGAUAUAAUCGAUGAAAUAAAAAUUAAUUUUUUCAAAAAUAAAACAAAGCUGUUCAUCCCGUAGGAGUGAAUAUCUGCAGAGGGGCUCGAAAACUUCUGGAUUUAUACUUUGAUGAGAUCUCUGUGACUACGCUUUUAACAUCCCGAAGACGUAAAAUAAUGGACUGAAAAAGAAGGAAAAAAAAAUCGAGAGGAAAAAAAAAAAGAGGAUGAAAUCAGAAAUAGAAAACCGAAUCGUAAGCUCGAUAAAAAUUGUGAAAGAGAAACGAAGGGGAGAGAAUUAAAAAAAAAUGACAUCGUAUUCAAAAGUGUUUCGAUACGGAUUCGACGAGAUAUAUAUAAAUCAGUGUGGAUCUGUGCAAACUGCGAACAGCAGAGUGUAAAAUAGAAAAACUAUAAGAUAACGAGGUGAUGAUAAAAAGUAUCACGUACUAAAGACAAGAAAAGAAAAAAAAUAUGUGUUUUCUAAACGCGGAAAAUUUGGCUUCGCUAGUUACAGCAGCAUCGGCGGCAACUGCAGCAGCAGCAUCGUCAAAAGCUCGAAAGUGUAAAUAAAUUAUAAAGUGGAGAGAAGAAGAUAAAUUAAUGAUCCUUAAUCAAGAAGAGGUAUAAAGUAAAAGAAAAUAUAACAAAACUAACAAGGAGGAAGAGGAGAGGGAGAGUGAGGAGAAUUGUUUUUUCAAACGCCAACAAAAACCAAAAAUAAAUAAAUAUCAAAACCAACAAAAUGGGGCCUGUUAGACUCCUACUAGGUGCUACAAUCCUUGGACUUUGUUAUACAAACAUCGCUAGAGGGAUAUUAACCAAUUCAAUGAACAGAUGUGACGCACCACCUUGCAACUGCGACGCUUUCGGAAGACUCAUUUGCGACUGCAAUAACGAACCAGAGUUCGAGUUAUUGUUAACAACGGAAGGCGACAGAAGAUUGAGCCCGCACACGAGUAGGAUUUUAAUCGCAAACUGCGCGUCUGUGAUAUUGUCAAAUUCGAGUUUAACUGCGAUGGGAGGUCUCAGAGCAAUAACCUUCGUCAACGUGGGAAAUCUGACGUUGUUUCGUCAAAGUUUUGAGCUAUCGACGCGUCAAACACCGGCGAAAAUAACUAUAACAAAUAGCAGCAUAGACUUACUACCUAGUUUUACUUUUAAGGGUGACGUCGAAGUUAUAUAUUUGCAGAACGUUAAGAUCGGUCAAAUAAAUGCGUUCGCGUUCGCCAAUUUAAUCGGCACGGAUAAAUUGACCAUGGAGAAUUGUGUCGUUGAAAACAUGGAGGCGCAAGCAUUCAAGAAAUUCGACGUCGGUUACCUGCACGUGAUAGGCGGUAGUUUUGGCAACGUUAUUCCGAGCAGAGCGAUGAACGAUAUCGAAGUUAUAAACAAAUUCAUGUUGGACGGCGUUGAAAUGGGAACGGUGAGAAGUUCAGCUUUCAUCAUCAGACGUCCGAGAACCGUGGCGAUACAAAAUUGUAUAUUUGACACUAUCGAGGGACAGGCUUUCAGUAUAACUACCAGAGGUGCGGUGAUAAUAAAGAACAAUACGUUCGGAAAUUUGAACGCCGGGGCGUUUUUCGACAUAAAAACCGAAUCCGAGACACAUUUUGUCGCGCAGAACGACGUUAUAUUCAAAAAUAAUAGUUUAACAAAUUUCGAGGAGGGAUCGGUGAUGUUCGACAGAAAUAGUUUCAGGCCAGAGUUAGACAAUAUUUUAAUAAAUCAGAUAUGCGACUGCGUUCUAAUGCCAACGUGGCGUAGUAAUAUUUUAAAUUAUAGUAACGUUUAUACUAGACUUUAUUCAAUGAACGAACCCGAAGAUCAGAUAAGCGUCGGAGCUGACACGUUUCUAUGCUUAGAUUCAAAUUUGGACAAUACACAAUUAACGUUUACCGAAUACGAGGCUAGAUAUUGCACGAUGAGCAAUUCCACCUUGUUAUUCAUACUCGUACUAGUCGGUCUUUUAAUAAUAUUGUUAAUCGGUGGUUUUCUAAUAAUUUGGUGCUGUCGUAGACACAGAGAAAAUAACCAAAAACGUUGGAUAAGCGUUCCCACAAACGCGCCAGAUGUUGUAUCGAAAAAAAAUGGUGUUAUUACGAGAGAGGGUCCAGUAGACAGUAGGAUAACUAUGGUGGUACCGGAUGGCCGAGUGUACAGAGAAACUGAAUUUCAUGUGAUUGUUGAAAAGGCUGAACCAUUAACGACAGAAUUAUAAUUACAAUUAUCCAUUAUUCGAUGUGUUUCGACAUUUCUGAUAAUCACGGCUGUUCCCAUUUUUCCCAUUUAUCCCGCCAUCGUUUAAUUUUUUCGCAGCUACACAGAGUUCGCUCGAUUAUUUCUCUACAGGGUUUAAAAUGUCACAUACCUCAUUGUAAAUUGAAAAUAAAAAUUGAAUGAAACCGAUAUUCCCGAAAACCCCGAUAUCACAUAUCACUAGAGGAUACUAAAAUUCAAUUUUCGAUUACAGAUUCAUUAAUUGCAUAAUUGGCUUCAGCGAUUAAAUCGAUAAUGAAUAUUUGCAUAGAGAAAUGAUGUGUGUACUAUUCUAUUGAACCUACAUCUGUGUAAAUACCUAACUCCGAAAUUGACCGCCUAUGAAGUUUCUUUAUCAAAUUAUAACUUUCCAAAAUUCUGAAGGACUUUUUAUCGAACGAAAUGAUUUUUAUGGAAAAAAGAAUGUCCUGAUAUGAUAAUGAUGGGAGAGAAAAAUUAACACGUAGACAAAAUGUGUCGAGAACAAAAUCACUGACUGUGUAAGAUAUGAUAAGUUUUCGAAUAUUUUUCGUAUUUUUGUAUAGUUAAUUUAAUGAAAAAAAUCACUAGUUAUUAUUGAAAAUAUUUCAGUUGUAAUGUACCAAACAUAUCUCCGUUAUGUUUAUUUAUUUGAGUGCCACAUUAACAUAUCUAUCAUUCGUUAUAAAUAAGUAUUACGUAAUUGUACGAGUACGUAUUCAUAUUAUGUCAUUCCUGAACGUAUUUAUUAAAAACAAAACGAAACAAAAAAUUAAUAGAAUUAAGAUUUAACGUCCUCGCGGUGGUUUAUGAAGUUUUUUUUUGUUAAACUUCAUUUUCGAUAUGUUAUUUUUAAAACGUUAAUUAUCUGAUUAUAGUUCAAAGUUCCAUGCAGUCGGUUAUGUUUAAAGGUAAUCUAGAAUUUAAGUAUCAACAACCCAACUGCCCUGGUGUAAAAUUGAACGUUUCACGUCUCACGAAAUUUCUUUGAAUAUUUUUGUAAGAGAAAUAUUAUGACGACGCUUCGUAUUUCUGUUAGUUCAAUGUGAAUGUUAUUCAAUUGUAAUAGCGUAACGUUAUCAUAGCGGGAAUAAAAAAAAGGACGCGUCCGAAAUAUUUAUUCGAGAGAAUUGAUCAUCCAGAAACUAUAUGAAAUUAUAAUUUGGCAUAAGAAAACGAGAUCUAUGGCUUAUUCUUCGAAAUAAAAAAAGUUUCCGAGUCACCAAAGGUGAUGAAUAUUGACCCUAUUAUCGUACCUGUCUCGAGAUAAAGUCGACCGCACGAUAAUUUACGAACAACCCGCUGACCAUCGCCUUGAGUCUCAUCAAGGGGAAAAUUGUUAGCGGUGUGUAUUUAAUUUAAGAAAAUAUAAAUUGACGAGAAAAAAAUCAAGUCGUUUAGCAAUGAUUAAGUUUGUAAUAAUUAAAUGAUGAUUAUCGUGACUGUGAUAUAUCGACAGCCAACUGUACAACUUGUCUUACACACCUACAUUGAAUUGUCAAGGUAGAUGAAAAUAAAAUAAGUCUCGAAGAAAA